AGGUCAGACAAGCGCUUCUCUCGCACGGAACCCACGGAGGAGGCGCCCAGGGCUCUGGGUGUGCUUGGGCGGCUUGCACAUUGCACUGUGGGAUCCCCUGCAACAUGAUUCAGAUCCAGCACCAAGAGAUAGUGAACUUGAACGAUGUAGUUAUAGACUUCACCCAGGAAGAGUGGGCUCUGCUGGAUGCAUUCCAGAAAAUGCUGUUCAGAGAUGUGAUGGUGGAGAACAUCAGUCAUCUGCUUUCAGUGGGAAAUCAGAUCUGCAAAUCUGAUGUAGCCUCCAAGUUCAAUCAAGUAGAGAAACUGUUGAAAGAAGAAAUUGGAUUUUUCCAAAGCCAGAAUUCAGGCAGUGAAGGUGGCUUUAAAAAACAAGGAAUGCUCUACAUGCAACAUAUCUGCAGGAAAGACACAUUUACAAUCACGUCAUUGGUCAGAGGACCUCAGAUGCAGAGCCCCAGGACAGAAAAUUUUCCAGAUGCCACAAUUGUCUGAGAGAAGGGGUAGAGGCUU